UUCAACAUUCGUACAUCACUGUUAGCAAACAGCUGAUGUAGAUGUACUACGAAAAUGGCGAUUGGCAAUUUCGUUCCUUCUAAAAACAUUAAAAUCAGUUAAUAAGCUUAUCUAACCUAACAGUUAAAACAUUAAAGAUAAAAUUAAGUGCUAAAAUGCCGGGAACAAGUUUGGUAGUGCCGGUUGUCCUAUGGGGGAAAUAUGCACCGACGCAUUGUAUAUCAUGCAUUUACUUAUCAAAGGAUCAAAAGACUUUAGCGACCGGCUGUUAUGACGGUCAAAUAUGUUUAUGGCAGGUGGAUCCCGAUUCUAUAAAAAUGACCCCGCGCUGUCUGCUUGUCGGUCAUACGGCGCCCGUGCUGUGUAUCUCCAAAGCGUCGAUCAUUCAAGAUAACAAUUACAUAGUGUCUAGUUCGGAAGCCGGUGAAAUGUGCACUUGGGAUUUGGUCGACGGAAAAUGUAGGGAAGUAGUAAAGUUACCGCAGGUCCAUACAAAUAUGCAAGCGUACCAUAUGUGUAAUUGUGAGGACGUUAGACUUUUUUGUAAUGGUUAUUACCCGGAAGUGUUAAUAAUGGAUCCUUUUAGUCUUGAAAUAUUAUUUGCGCUAUCUUCCAAAGUUAAUCCAGACUGGAUAAGUGCUCUUCAUGUAUUACGACCCGCCAAACGUAAAGAUGACGUCGUGCUCGCACUAACCACGACGGGAAUGGUCAAAGUUUGGACAUUAAUAGGACACGAAAAUAAACAUUCCGAACCUAUUUAUGAGAAUGAAAGUAAACAAACGCGAUGUCUCAACGCCGUGUGUAUGCAGUGCUGCUCCUACAACCAACGUACAGUGCUUAUUGUAUGUACCAAGUAUUGGCAAAUAUACGAUGCAGGAGAUUUUAGUGUAUUGUGUUCAUAUUUGGCUCCCAGAGGUGAGAGGUGGAUGUCGGGAGACUUUUUGUCCACGGAUCGGAUUAUUGUUUGGUCCGAUGCGGGGAAAGGGUAUUUGUAUAAACUACCCGCAAACAAACUUCGCGGAAAGGUUGUCAAUAGCAGCAUUCCAGAUAACAAAAAUUUUCACAGUCCAACGCUCGAAUCCGAUAGUCCAUUUUUGUAUUGUAUUUUAAGUCAACCCGAUAAUAAGCUUUUAUCAUGUCCUCCAGCAAUGAGAUUCGUUACAACUCAACAGCAUGGGACAUCGUUUCGUUACUUACUGCGAGGCGAUUCGGAAGGUUACGUUUUGGUUUGGAAUAUUCCAGAUAUUUCGCCCGCAGAGAUGCGUAAAAUUCAAGAGCAACAAACUCCACAACCACUUCAGAUGAAUGCGUCAUUUACAACUAGUUUGUCCGAAGCAUGGGCCAGUAUUAAUCCAAAUCCAGUUGGUAUUUUAGAUCAGCUUGAAAAAUCAGAAAAACAAGUGAUAAAAUUAACCGCCAGCAUUUAUUUACCGCUCCAAAGUAGGUUGGUAGUUGGAAGGGAAGAUGGUAGUAUUAUUAUUGUUCCGGCAACACAAACCGUGAUGCUUCAGUUGUUGCAUGGAAACCACCAACAAUACGAUGGAUGGCCUCCUCACCAGGUGUUAACAGGACACGGAGGCCGAGUUAAUUGCCUACUAUAUCCGUUUCGUGAGAAUUCGAGGUACGAUAAAAAUCAUUUAAUUUCGGGCGGUGUCGACUUUGCUGUCUGUUUAUGGGACCUAUACGGAGGCCAUUUGUUACAUCGAUUUUGUGUUCAUGCCGGCGAGAUAACUCAACUUCUUGUUCCUCCUAAUGCUUGUAGCACAAGAAUACAGAAGUGUAUUUGUUCUGUCGCUUCUGAUCAUUCGGUAACAUUAUUAAGUUUGACAGAAAGAAAAUGUGUAUGCUUGGCUUCUAGACACUUGUUUCCUGUCACUACGAUAAAAUGGAGGCCAUUAGACGACUUUAUGAUCAUUGGUUGUUCUGAUGGCACUGUCUACGUUUGGCAAAUGGAAACAGGGCAUUUAGAUAGGGUAUUACAAGGUAUAGCUGCGGAAGAAGUUUUGUAUGCUUGUGAUGAAAACGAGUCUAGUUAUAAUACCUCUUCUGAAGUAGGUCUUGCCAAUCCUGCAGUUCAUUUCUUUAGAGGGUUAAGGCAUCGAAAUUUAUCUGCAAUUCGUCAUGCAACUCAGAGAGGUCUCCAUCAACUCCAACAAUUAGGUGCUCACGCGAAUAAUGAUGAUCCGCAUAUGAAGUUAGGACAUCAUGCGCCACUAGUCGUACAAGGUUUAAGAACAAAUCCGAAGGAUCCGGAAAGUCACAUACUGUUCUUCGACAUCGAAGCAUUAGUCAUAGAAUUAUUAAGCGAAGAAUAUUCGGCAAUGUCGCCGGGAAGCUUGGAAGCCGCCGGUUUAAUUUCACAGUCGGAAUAUCUCAAGGUGGCUUCGUUAACUCACAGUGCUAGUCCUGAUGCUCAUAAAAAGAUCGUUGAUUUUUUUGGAAAAGUGAAAGAUAAGGCAGAAAAUGUGGAACGUAUAAUUAAGGAAAAAGAUAAACAUGGAAUAUUAGCAAAAAUGAAAGAAGGUGCUGAAACUGUACAUACUAAAAUACAAGCAAAGGCUGAGAGUGUAUUAAAACAAGGAAUCGAACACUCGUCUAAGGAUUUAAUCGAUUCAAAUUCACGGGUAAAUAACAAAAGUUUGGGUCCUAUUGAAGCUAGUCAUGGCAUGGAAAUAGCUCAAUUACUUCUAUCGCUGUUGCAUGCUUGGGGUAUGGAUAACGAUUUGGACAUAGUGUGCCAGGCUAAGUUGGGACUGCUAAGACCUAUGGUGCCGAUUUCGUUUGGUGUCCUCUCAAAAGCUAAUUAUAUGUCGCUGUUUCUUCCAACGUGGCAUAAUACGAUACCUUUAAAUAACGAUACUGCUGUGGAUGAUCAAGGUCUGACCGACAAUUUACCUCUUGAGCUUGUAUAUAGAGAGCAACUUACGCGAAUAUUUACCUGCAAAACUCAUUGGGAACUAAGUACCACACUGACUAGUAACCAUCUGUUAGCCAUAAUUGCCGUUAGCCACACACUUAUGUCCAUGAGUAAUGCAACGUUUAUAUUAGAGCAAGAGCGUAAUAGGAAGUUACAUAGACAAUCAACGAGGGUCAAAUGGAGUAAGGCCGACGAAGAAAAUGAAGAGCUGUACACACAGCAGCAAGCACAAAUAAAACAAGGGUGGUCAUUAUUAGCCGCGCUACAUUGCGUACUGUUACCAGAUAAGGUCGUUCAGUUAGGUUCUAAGAAUUUCAAACGUCCACAAGUAGAAACCAUGGCGAAACGAUGGCAACAUCACUGCGUUGAGGUGCGAGAAGCAGCGCAAGCUCUUUUAUUGGCCGAGCUGGGAAGGAUGGGACCAAAGGGAAGAAAAAUGUUGAUUGAUUCGUGGGCGCAAUUUCUGCCUUUGUAUACGCAAUUGGAAACGAUUAACCAACAAGCGGUUUCGCCACCUAGUUUAAACAAUGGGAAUUCAAACACGGGUGCAGUGCUCAGUCCUGAACCUGCUGAGGAGGAGUUUGAGGAAGAAGAGGAAGAGCAAGUGCGCAAGCCGUCCAGUUUAGCCGAGCUGAAACGUAAACAAACAACUGCUGUAGUUUUGUUAGGUGUAAUCGGGGCCGAAUUCGGUCAAGAUAUUAUGUCGGAAAAUCCAAAGAAGAGGGCAGAUAAUUCUGAGAUACGAAAAAAUUCUAUCGCCGAAGGUUUUGGUUAUGGGAAUAAUAACUUAGCGCGAUUAACCUCUAUGGCUUUAUCGCAUCUAUUGUUAGCGCCACCUUCGAUGAAGUUACCACCUCACACACCUCUUCGCCGAGCCGCAAUUGACCUAAUCGGCAGAGGCUUUACAGUAUGGGAGCCAUAUCUGGAUAUUAGCAAAGUUCUUUUAGGUUUACUGGAAUUAUGUUCGGAAGCUGAUAAGUUAGUGCCAAGCAUGACGUACGGUUUACCAUUAACACCACAAGCAGAUUCAUGUCGAACAGCAAGACAUGCAUUAACAUUAAUUGCUACAGCUAGACCUGCUGCGUUUAUAACGACAAUGGCUCGAGAAGUAGCUAGGUAUAACGCUAUGCAGCAAAAUGCGCAGGCGUUAAACGUUAAUAAUGUGAACAACUCUGUUUUGCAUAAAGCAAAACCAGAAAUUUUACGUAGCGUUGAACUUUUAAUAGAUAAAAUGCAAAAUGAAAUGGCAGAAUUGCUAGUCGAGCUAAUGGACAUAAUUCUUCACUGCUUAGAUGUUGGACAUUUAAAGACUAAAGGCCUGCAGGAUGUUUUUCCUGCAGUUUGCAGAUUUAACCAAGUAUCUCACUGUUCAGCAACACGGAGGAUAGCAGUGGGGUCGAACAGUGGAAGUUUAACUUUAUACGAAUUAAGGCAGGGUAAAUGCACAUCAAUUAAUGCACACUCGUCUCCAAUUACUGCGUGUGCAUUUAGUCCAGAUGGUAAAUUUUUAGUCAGUUACGCUUGCGGAGAAAAUCGGCUUAGUUUUUGGCAGACCAGUACAGGUAUGUUCGGACUGGGGGCGUCGCAGACACGGUGCGUGAAAUCAUACAGCACCGCGCCCAUCGCUGACGUGGCUCGUUUAAAUCCGAUGAGAUUAGCAAGAUUAAUAUGGAUAAAUAAUCGAACAGUAACACUUAUGCUAGCGGAUGGAUCCGAAACUCGUUUUAACAUAUAAAAUGAGGCCAAUCAGUUGCGUCAGUGGCCUUUUUCUUCAUUGUUCUUUCAUAUCUUUAAUAUAUUUAUCCCUGUUGUUGUGAUGUUAAAACUAUCUAGAAAAUUAUUUUUUCUGUCAUUGUAAAGAUUAUAAUAGCAUAUACUGUACAUAAUUUGUUUUGUACACCAGAGAUGUGAAUUUUAGUUAAGUGUUGCCUUGUUUUAUUUUAAUAUAAAAUGUUAAAGCGUAUUAGUUAUGGAGUGAGACAAUAAUUUAAAUCUUGUAGUACUAUGGUAUUAGUUAUUGUCAAAAUAGUCUGAGUGUGAUAUCUAUUUAUAAACAUUAAUUUAUUUCGUUUUUCGGUUCUCAAUUUAUGUUUUACAGCCAUAUAAAUGUGAGAACUUCCUUCUAUUCCUGCACUUAAAAAAAGAAAUUUUAGCCUUAUAAACGUUAUAAAGUGUGUGCCUCUGUGUUCAAUUACUCACCAAUCUUAUGAUAUGAACAUGAAAUCAUAGUAUAAACUGAGUUUCAAGUGGUGACCGUUUUGUACUUAAAUUUUGGCAAUAACGGAAUGUAAGACAUAAAUGAAUUUGCUUCAAAUUAACUAUGAAACCUUUUCACGUACCACAGCAAUAUUUAGUGUAAGCGCCUGGAGAGGAGGUUACUCAUGAAUGUUUUGUUAACGUCCAAAAUUUCCCAGAAUGUAUCCUUAACAUGUUAUGUUACCACUUGAAAACUACAUCCUAUUUACCAAGUCGUAGGAAUGGUUUAGUUUUAUAACUGGUCUAAUCAAUGAUUAUAAUAUGUAAAUAUUUUAAUUUUGUGAUAGAAUUUUUAAUUGUUACUAAACCUUUGUUUAUUAGUUUUGUAAGAGAUAGAUAAUUUAAUUAAAAGCCUAAGCCAUG